CGAAAGACGCAUUAUAUAAAUAAGAAACAGACGCCUAUUUUCUCCAAAGUCCUCAUAAAUUUCUGCUGCCUUUCGGAUUAUACUUUGCUGCCCUCUCUGCUACUGAGUCGGGAGUGUUCCCUCCUCCUCCCCCCAAAAGGUUCGAACCCCCAAUUCCCAAACCCUAGCUUUCUUACCCCCCAGAUAUGUUGGGUUUUUCUUAUCUGUUUGUUUCGUGCCCGAUUUGCAUAGGUUUUGGUUGGUAUUCCUUGCAGUUGUGAAUUCUUGCUUGGUCAUCUGUCUGUUCUGGAUUUUGUUUUUCUGUGGGGUGGGGAUAUGGAUUUGGCGGUGGAUCGGGUCUCGGCAUAAGGAAAAAGGGUUUCUUUUUUUGUUUUGAGUUUAUUAUCUCUUAGGGUUGAGGUGACGGCGGUGGUUGGCGGUGGUGCGGUUGCAUCGGGUCGGGUUGGCGGUGUUUUGAUAGUUAAUAGAGUUUUUAUUUUAUCUUUUGUUUUUGUGUUUGGUCUGUUACCAUCCGAUGUUAUUUUUGCCUCUUAUUUUAGCCUUAAGGGAGCUUUUUGUUAGUUAUUACAUCUUGCAUGUAAGUUAAUUGAUUGAUGGUUUGAUGCAUGAAUCAAUUCAGCUUGAUUUUGUUUUGUAACGCUUGACCUGAGACAGUAGUAACCAGGAUUUGGGAAAAUUUAUCUUUUGAUUUUGAAGGGGGAGUUGAUUGUGUGAGGAUAACAAUGUCCUGAAGACAUCAAUCAGCUCGCCAUGCUAUUUGUUGGUCUCUUAGUGAUGUUGAUUUGUUUCUAAAGCGCUUUAGAGCCUUUGUUCUAUGUGUUUGAAGCUGUAAGUUUUCAGAUGUCCUGGAUAAAGCUUUGUGCUGUUGAGAUAUAUUUUAUUUUUUUCCCAUUAUUUUGUAUUUGUGUGAUGGAUUUGAAGCUGAAAGCCUUCAGAUAUCUUGGAUAAAAUUUGCUUAUGCUCAUAUGUUUUGUGAUGAAUCCUUGUCUUGUAUGGUUGGUUGGUUUGUUUGUUUUUUCCCCCCCUUUUUCUGAUGCUUCAUGAUCUCAUGAUUGAUGUUCUGACCUAUUUUUGUUGUGAAGAUUUGUGCCGGGUUUUGAAGCUUGAUUGUCCCCAAUGGCUUCCAAAAGGAUCCAGAAAGAACUCAAGGAUUUGCAAAAGGAUCCCCCUGCUUCUUGCAGUGCUGGUAAUUCCUUCCCUUCUAACGUGACCAUAUAAACACUGUUUGUUAUCCAAACAGGCACUAUUAGUCUUUGAUAUUAAAGCCUCUAGGCGAUAUAAGGAUCAGCGCAAUUGUAAUAUAGAAGAUGAUCAACUUGUCCAUAUAAAACUGGAAGGCGCAUUCAAAAUGUUUCUAUUACAAUACUACCAUAACCUCUUUGUUGUUAGUUCCUGUUCUUGCUCUUCAAGGUUUUGUGGGUUUAUGACGAUUGGCUGAAAAUGUUAUUGAACCAUUGUCACAGGUCCUGUCGGUGAAGAUAUGUUUCAUUGGCAAGCUACCAUCAUGGGACCGUCUGAUAGUCCUUUCUCUGGAGGUGUGUUUUUGGUGUCUAUUCAUUUCCCUCCGGAUUACCCCUUCAAACCCCCAAAGGUCUCCUUUAAAACCAAAGUUUUCCACCCAAACAUUAACAGCAAUGGUAGCAUAUGUCUUGACAUCCUGAAAGAGCAGUGGAGUCCUGCACUUACUAUUUCGAAGGUGCUGCUCUCCAUUUGCUCCUUAUUGACCGAUCCAAACCCAGACGAUCCGUUGGUACCUGAGAUUGCACACAUGUACAAGACGGACAGGGUCAAGUAUGAGAGCACUGCUCGUUCAUGGACCCAGAAGUAUGCGAUGGGGUGAGUAGCUGUUGUGGGAUGAAGGCAUUGGAGGAUGGAGCAUUCGAAGAUGCUAGUAGUAAAUAAAAUAGGAAAAGAAUGAAUUGGUCUGAAACUUUGGUCUUUGUUCUCUUCCCUUGUUUAUUAAGGAAUUGAAAAGUUGGUGUUGGAACUCAUGUGUUUGUUCGUUAUAGGUGAAAUUUAAUGGUCAAAAACUUUUUCGUCCUGCUUGAUUUAUUUAUCCUUUGAAGAAUGAUUUCUCGAUAUGUUUAUGAUUUAGCAUUGAGAUACCUGGCAGAUUUGAGAUGAACAGAAUAGUAGCAUGCUUAGGGUUGUGCCUAGCUGGGUACUGGAAUACAUACUGUACUACUCAUUUGGAGCUUUGAAGUGAGGUAGUAAGUCACGUAGUUGGUGGGUGAUUAACUUAUAAUAAGAAAAAGGUUGGCUUUUUUCCUUUAACCCAAGUAAAAGAGUCCAAACCGUAGUUCUCGCAUUCAAGCACAAAACAACUACUAUAAUAAGAAAAAGGUUGGCUU